CUCUACCUGUCUUCACUACUUCUAACAUUAGUAUCAAGUAUCUUUUCUACUUGCUGACUAGCAGAAGACCAACCAGGUGGCACCUCCCUAUUUCUAAGUCCUUUAACAAAACCCCCAUUGGGCGUCUGCUCAGUAUGGAGAAUGCCAGUGAAAUGUUUUUGGAUAUUAGUGAUUCUGUGGGUAAAAUAUGAAACCUCUGGGGUUGGGCAAUAUCGGUAUAUAACAGCAAAAUACAGCAUUAUUUUAAUCUAUCUAUAACGUAUGUAGUUGGGGUUUAAGAUGAAUUGCUGAAGGCAGGCACAAUCCUUACUCCGCACGGCCGGGGCGCAGAGAGGCUGCAGCAGCCUGGGCUCACACAGGGAAAGUGUCUGGACAGGAGGGAGGGCGAGUCGGGGAGGAGUCGGUGCUGCACAUACACAAACACACGCACUGCACCUCUCCAGCACUCACUCCUACUGGGCUCUCCCAGGCACUCACCCUGCCCGACCCCUUAGCCAAACUGUAGGGAGGGGAGAAGGGACACGGACCCCCCACUGCCCAUGAAGAAGCCCCCACCGGAUCAUGGCGCCAUCGGGCCCUAGCAGUGUGAGGCGGCGGUGCAGGAGGUGCCUGUACUGGAUCCCGGUGCUCUUUAUCUCCAUCAUCGUGUGCUGGUCCUACUAUGCCUAUGUGAUCCAGCUGUGUAUAGUGACCAUGGAUAACAUUGCUGAAAAAAUUUUGUGCCUGAUAGCCUAUCACUUCUUUCUCCUUCACUUUGUGUGGUCCUACUGGAAGACCAUUUUUACAUUGCCUAUGAAUCCUGCUAAAGAAUUUCAUCUGUCGUAUUCAGACAAAGAACUCCUGGAGAGAGAGCCAAGGGGGGAAUCCCAGCAAGAUAUUUUGAGAAGGCUAGCCAAAGACCUUCCUGUCUACACCAGAACAAUGUCAGGAGCCAUCAGAUACUGUGACAGAUGCCAGCUUGUGAAGCCUGACCGCUGUCAUCACUGCUCCGUCUGUGAUAAAUGCAUCCUGAAAAUGGACCAUCAUUGCCCUUGGGUGAAUAAUUGUGUUGGCUUCUCCAACUAUAAAUUUUUCCUGCUCUUCUUGGCAUAUUCACUUCUCUACUGCCUUUUUAUUGUUGCCACAGAUUUACAGUAUUUCGUCAAAUUUUGGACAAAUGGCCUGCCUGACACACAGGCUAAAUUCCACAUCAUGUUUUUGUUUUUUGCUGCUGCCAUGUUCUCUGUGAGCCUCUCCUCUCUUUUUGGCUAUCAUUGUUGGCUUGUGUGCAAGAAUAGGUCGACAUUAGAGGCUUUCAGAGCUCCAGUAUUCAGGCAUGGCACAGAUAAGAAUGGCUUUAGCCUUGGUUUUAGCAAAAAUCUGAGGCAGGUAUUUGGGGACGAAAAGAAGUACUGGCUGCUGCCUGUAUUUACAAGUCUGGGUGAUGGUUGCUCCUUCCCUACCUGUCUUGUAAACCAGGAUCUUGAGCAGGCAUCCACACCAACUGGCGCUAACACAGCAACAAAAAGUAUUGAAAACCAUCCUUUCCCAGCAAAGCCUCUGCGUGAAUCUCAGAGCCACCUUCUUACAGAUUCCCAGUCAUGGAAUGAAAAUAAUGGGAACAGUGAAAAAGGAAAACUUGCAGGUAUGAGCAACCCUGGAUUAACCAUUGAAAAUGAAACCUAGAACUUCAGAAAAGCUGGAGAUGGUGUACAAAGUUUGAGAGCAAGCUGUUCAUGUCGGAAAGAAGUCACACUCCCAUUGGCUAGCUUUACAUUUGUAAUAAGGUGGAUGUGAUCACAGCAAAUGGCAACAGCACCUGACUGGCUCGCCCCAUACGCUUCAAACAUGGCAACAGCUUCCUGGCACUCUGGUAUUAUACUAACAGGGAAAUGUGAACAAGCAAAAAAACUCCAUUGUGGAACUGUGGGCUAAAGAAGAGGAAGUCAUUGUAGUACAUACUUGGAAGUCGUCCUGUGUUGUAUGCAAUGUAAGACUGACUGUGAGCAAUGUAUUCUGACUGUAUUUAUGAUACUAUAGCACAAACCACAUCAAUGUGAUUCCUACUCUAGGAAGGAAAAUCCUUUUAUCUUCUAUUUCUUGAAUGCAAAAAAAAAAAACUUGUUUUCCAAAAUAGACCAAUGACAGUAUAUUUUGUACUGUGGCAGUAAUAGUGUCCUAUUUAAUGAGGCCAAAAUAAGUGUCAUUGAUGGUCAUACACUUCAUUAAAUAAUACAAAAUACACUGACUCAAAGAAUGUUAUUUGCACAAAUGGGAACUUAAUAAUCACUGUAAAAUGCUAUAAUGCGAUUUCAUUCCAGUGCUCGCGGUAGUUUAACAAUUGUAUUUUCCCAAGGCAUUUCUUCCCAAGACUUUUUCUAGCUUUAUUUUUUUUUACCCUGUAAAAUUAAUUUUCCUAGAAAUUUUUACUUUGGGUUGGAAUCUAGCACUUUGGGGCAACAUUAGAGCAUUGUACGAGUUCCGGAGUGCCCUCCCUUAUAGGCACUGCUCACUUGGAAAUAUUAAAUGGGAAUGAAAAAAUGAACUCAUUUAGAGUAUUUUAAUGAAUUUAUUGAGAGUAUUGUACCUUAAAAGACCAGUAACACUGACCCGUAAUUCACUGACCCAACAUGCUGUUUAUUUCUCUGCAAUUUAUAGAAAAAUAUGAUUUUUUUUUGCAUUGUUUGUAUAUGCUCAUAUCUGCAGAUAGCUCUAAUACAUUGAAUAAGCAACCACCUAUUCAGUUUCAGAGUAUAUUAAUAAUAUAUGUGUACGGUAUAUGAGCUUUCUAUAAAUAUUGGAAAUGACCAGUCCUGUAAAGAACAUAUAGAGCCCUCAAUAAACAUAGGCUGCUGGAUUAAUUGGA